AUGGAUGAUUCCAGCUCCGAGGAAGAACCUGAACCCCUUAGGAUCCAAGAAGUUUUAACUGUAGACUCCCCUUCUCCUCCAUUAGUUCCUAGGCCAGAGGAAAAGAGAUGGAACAACCAGGAGCUCCAGACCUCUGAACUGCUUUCCAGUCUAAGAAAGCCAGCGCAGUCUGCCCUGGCUCAUUACUACAGCAUAGCUCAUGCUAGGGCCAAAAAUGAGGAGCUCCAAUCCAAGCUAGACGUUGCCAAGACCGCCCUAACUGUUGCCCAAGAAGGUGAGAAGGCUGCCAAAGCUGGUUUGACAGCUUCUCAGAAGAAUGAGCAUGAUGCCAAAGUUGCUCUCACCACAUCCCAAGAAAAUGAGCAGGCUGCAAAGACUGCAUUCAGCCAUGAAGACCCAAGGCCGUGUUCUACCUCCAAACCUAUGAAGUCUCAGAAGGAGACCGUUCAUGAGACGAUUCCCUCAGCCACUCCUCUCGUUCCAGAGUUAAUCCCACAUGUUGCUGCCUCAUCGUUCCCAGCUGUCUCGGCUCCUACAGGCCGUCGACCCAAAACCACCUCAAGCCCUACACAGUCUGUCUCCACUGAAGUCGAGAUCGAUCCUUCUUCUUAUGGCUUUGAAUCAUCAUUAUCCUCUGAUGUGAUGACACCCAAGGAGAAGGGCAAGCGCAAAUCCAAAGCUGCUUGGUCAAAGCAAACCAAGAAGAUCAAAGUGGCUCCAGCAAAAGGUACUAGCUCCAUCUCUGAUUCCAAUCCUUUAUCCAAAUUCAAAACAAAGGAAAACAUCAAUCCUCCUCCUUGCACCUCCUCAGAGGAUGUCUCUCCUAAAAUGGAAGACUCGUUGCUUGAGCUAGACCUCUCUCUAACCGAGCCAAUUCCCGAAGAACCACAUGGAGAUUCUUUUCAUGAAGAUAUGGAGGAGGAGGCUAAAUCUGAAGAAGACCCAUUAGAAACCACUCCUGUUGCAUCUGAACCAAAGGGCAUAACACCAUUGGCAUUUCCUGAAUUUUUUGCCAAAAUCACUAAACACCAAGAAGAAAUGGGUUGGUUACAUUCUUUGUCUGACUUUGAUGGGUUUGUGCCUCGGUUUAGUCCUACCGAAAUUGCUAAGGUACUAAAUCUAGUUCUUGUGGAGAUUGAUGAUUCCAUUGAGUUUGCAAAGGAUCAAGUUUUGUCUGAAUUAGUUGGCCAAGCUAUUAUAGUGUCCUUAAGUGGUGCCAAAAGCAUGGGUCAACACUUGAUGUUUCCUUAUGUCAUUUACAAACUAUUGGACUCUCAACGUCCUUUGAAGAAGUCACACGAGACCUUGAUUCCUCCUUUGGUUGGUCCUACCUACACUGUCAAAGAGAUCAAAGAUGACAAUGCACCUAGCACAGCUUGA